AUGAGUAUCUGUAGUGGAUGUGGUAAGGUAAAAAAGACAGCUAGUCAAUUUAGAACAUGCAAGAAAUGUCGAAGAAAGAAUAAGAAACAGCCUUAUUUGGUUAAUAUAGAGCCAAAACUGCCCUUUUUACAGAUUGAAACUAAUGAAACUAGAAAAGUACACAAGAAUUGCUCACAUUUAUCGCCUUUAAUUCCUUAUGAUGAGGUUGGAGACAAUAUACUGCCACAAUUAGAAAAUAUGCCUCAAGAAAAUAAUGGGAUAGAAGCCGCCGGAAGCCUCGAAAUCAGUAUACAACCAAAUUCAGAGAUGAUGAAUCUUCCAAAUCCAUCGACAGAGCUAAAUCAGGCAGCCCUGGAAUCUACUAUCACUGAAACUCGCCUUUCCCCAGGUACUGAAUAUACAGAGAACAGCGACUAUCCGAAUGAUUUGAAUAACGAUGUUUCAUAUCCAAUUACCUCAAGCUUUUCAAAAUUAUUUCAAGAAAGUGAAAGAAUCGAGGAAAACAUUCCUCAACAACCACUUCAUGAUAGAGACCUUGCAUGUGGCUUACAAAGAUCUAAUAUAGAUGCCUAUGAUCCAAGGAACCCUCUUGGGCUCACUGCAGAAGAAGAAAAGAGAACUGUUGACAAUCUCCUUAAGAACCUUGGAAUGAGAAAAGAUAAUUGGGCAAAUAUCUUACUAAAAGAUGGUGAAAUGGUAGGAAUCUUUUCCGAGAGAUUUAUCAAGCUAUUCAAAAAUCAAAAAAGUAUAAUACCAUAUCACCAUAUGAAACAGUAUAUUUUUAGAAAUAUCAAUACAAGAAAUUAUUUUGGACAAACAUUACCAAAGCCUCUUGAAAAUGCAAUAAUUUAUAGCAUUGUUCGCUGCCCACUUUGUGGAAGAUGUUCACGAGGCUAUAUCAAAAAAGUUCAUAAAUUUGGAAAUGGUGAAUCUGAGAAAUACUGCUACUUCAGAGGGUCCAAAGAAAGAUACAAAGCGCAUUACUUAUAUCCGGGUUAUGUACUCCUUAUCCUGUCUAACGUAUUCAAAGAGAUUCCUCGACCAAUAGCUUUAUUAUUAGACAAACCCCACAUGACCAGAACUUUAGUUGAAAAUAGUAGCUUUGGGAACAAAUAUUUGAAUGAUAUGAAGUUUCAAGAAAACAUAAUUGAUAUAUAUCUGAAAGAUUUUGAACAUUUGUUAUAUUCCCCUAAACAUUCCACUGAUAAUAUGGAUAUAGCGAGAAACUAUUUAAUAGAUAGAAUGCAACAAAUAAGUGAGGAGUGCAAAAGUAAUCCGUAUGUGGGAAUAGUUUUACAUAAAAAAUACAGGAAAGUUGAAAGAGCCACAGUUGUUAUCUAUUCUAACAUAUUUUUUAAAGUAAUAUAUACAGCCUUCAUGCUUCAAAAAUUGAAAUAUUUUCAGGAAGACUCUCUUUCCAAGGAUGUGGAAGAAAUAGGAAGCAUAGAUAAUACAAUGGAAUAUAUUUCGGAAAAUAUCAUAUUCAAGAAAAUAAAUUCUUCUAAUUUUGAGUUUCGGAAAAAUUGCUUUAUUACAGCUUUGUUGUUAAAUCAUAUAGAACCAGUUGACUUUGGAAUUAAGGAUCAAAAUGGAAUUCAGCAUAUUUUUGAUGCAGUUCAGCAUUGCAUGAAAUUAGAGUUAAUUCACCGAUGUUCCUUGCACAACAAGAACUUGGAGUUAAUGUUUCAAACCUAUUUCACAGCUCAUGCGGG